AUGCCUGUAUACUAUGGGCGGGGCGGCAAAUACAGCGGCAAGCCGCGUGUUGUGGUGCUAGGCUCUGGCUGGGGAGCUAUGAGUUUCAUCAAGUCGCUGUCAAGACGGGACAGUGAGAACCUGGAAGUCACCAUCGUCUCCCCCAGAAAUUACUUCCUGUACACUCCGCUGCUGCCGGCGUGCGCGACUGGGACUGUGGAAGAGCGGUCCAUCAUCGAGCCCGUCAGAAAAGUUCUGGGCACAAAGGGGACAUUUUUUGAGGCGGUGUGUCAGGAGAUAGACCCAGUGGAGAAGACCAUCAAGGCGUGCAUCCCAUCGGACCCAGAGGACUCCUGCUUCAAGGUCCCCUAUGACAUCCUCGUCCUGGCGGUGGGGAGCGUGAACAACACCUUUGGCAUCAAGGGCGUGGCGGAGCACACCACCUUCUUCAAGAGCAUUGACGACGCCCACAACCUGCGCCGCAAAGUCUCCGAGUGCUUCGAGCGCGCCUCGCUGCCGGCUGUCUCCCAGGAGGAGCGGGAGCGGCUGCUGUCGUUUGUGAUAGUGGGCGGCGGCCCCACGGGGGUGGAAGUGGCGGCAGAGCUCCAUGACAUGGUCGUGGACGAUCUGCGCCGCAUCUAUCCGAGCCUUGUCUCCCUCGUGCGCAUCCGGGUCAUCGAGCUGCAGGACCAUGUGCUGUCCACCUAUGACCGGGAGAUCUCCACCUACACGGCUUCAGAAUUCAGCAGGCGCGGAAGAUGCUUGGAGGGCAUAGAUCUGGUGCUGAACAGCCGUGUGGCGUCGGUGGCGCCCAACAAGGUGAUCGUGGUGAACUCACAGACCAACAGCACGAACGAGAUCCCCUUCGGCGCCUGCGUCUGGGCUACCGGCGUUGCCAUGCACCCGCUCAUCAAACAGCUGCAGGAGCGGCUGCCGGAGGGCAGCCAGACUCACUUCCGCAGCAUCGUGACAGACCAGUACCUGCGCGUGCUUGGCUCGGGAGGCUCCAUCUAUGCCAUCGGCGAUGCUGCCACCAUCCAGCAGGCAUGCACCCAUUGCCUUCCUCUCGAGAGCAAGGCGCUGAGCCAUUCGGAGGAGCUGUUUGAUCAGGCGGAUGUGAGCAAGGACGGCAAGCUGCAGCUUUCGGAGGUGCGCGACAUUCUGCGCAAGUCGUCCGAGGACUACUCCCACUUUGCCGAGCAUGCCCGCUUCCUCGAUGGGAAGUACGGGGGAUUGAAGCGGUGGAAUAGCAUGGUGGGGAAACUGGUCAAGAAGCGCACAGAUGGAACUCCGGUCAGCGCCUUAGGUGAAGACACGGAAUUGGACAAGGAUGCGUUCCGCGAAAUCAUCGGCAAGAUCGACCAGGGGCUGCGCGCGCUGCCGGCCACCGCGCAGGUGGCAAAGCAGCAGGGCGAGUACGUGGCCAAGCUGCUGUCCAAGGGCAAGGGGACGCCCGGGAAGCCCAUUACGGGCUUCAAGGGAUUCCGUUAUGGGCACAAGGGCAGCCUCGCUUAUGUGGGCCGCGACAAGGCCGUCAUGGACGUCCCCGCCAUCGGCCCUGUCUUUGGCUACACCGCAGGUGUGAUGUGGAAGGGGUUUGAGACGUACAGCCAGAUCAGCCUGCGCAACAUCCUGCUCGUCUCCUCCGACUGGGUUCGCACCAAACUCUUCGGCCGAGACAUCUCCCGCGUGUAG